CCAAUCUACUCCGGAGCUUGAAUAUCCUGCUUAUCUUGGCGGAAUUGGGAAGUGUUGUCGAAGCCUGCCUGUUACGGUGGAGAUGCAUGCCACUAUGAAAAGUCAGAUAAGAUCAUCAGUAUGUAUGAUAAUGCCUUUAUCAUUGUAUCAAUGGCUGGUUUGUCAACAGUACAGCUUCACAUGGCAAGAAGAAAAGGCUUCAGUUGGCGUCGUACUACUGUUACCACUAUAUGCACAUGCAGUAACUUCAGCUGUAUAUCGUCUCGAGGCAAGCCGAAGUCGUCGUGUAGGUGGGUCUGUACCCCCAACACUAUCAGAUGAAGCUUAUCUUUAAUUGGAAACCCCCAAGUAUACUAAGGUUCUUUGAUGUGCCUUUCCCCCAAUCUCCGCUCUAAGGAGUCAUUCCACUUCGACUCAUCUUUUUCUCUCCCAAAAUAUCCUUC